AAAAAAUAAUUCCAUAGAUAUUUUUAUUUCUCUGAAGACCUCACGAAACCUGAAUAAAUAACGAAAUUGGCCGGUCGAAGAUCAAUUUCCCCUCAGAAAAAUCUGGUGCGUGUCAACAUCGUCAAUGGGUGCUCCUAAGCAUAAAUGGAGUCAAGAAGAAGAGUCAGCUCUAAGAUCUGCCAUUGUCAAGCACGGCCCUGGUAAAUGGCGCACAAUCCUCAAAGACCCUGACUUUAGUCGAGUCUUGUACCUUCGUUCCAAUGUAGACCUUAAGGAUAAAUGGAGAAACAUUAGUGUCAUGGGGUAUGGAUCCGGAUCCGGAUCGCGUUCAAAGUCUAGUGUUGCUGUUAAAAAGACACAUGGCUCAUUGCCAAGUGAUGAAGAAAUCUUAAAAAUGGUGGAUUCUAAGAACUUUUCCACCACCGGCUCCUCUGCACUGCAAGUUCCUUCUCCAAGGACUCCUAAUUGGCUGGAUAGCCUUAUAAAUGAAGCAAUAUCUAACAUGAAAGAAGGUGGCUCUAGCAAAACAGCAAUUGGUAACUACAUCCAGGAACGAUAUGAGGUACCGCCGAACUUCAAAACGUUGCUGUCUUCCAAGCUAAAGUACUUGUCAGCUUGUGGUACUGGUAAGCUUAUCAAGGUUAAACGCAAGUAUAGUAUUCCAAACUCCACUGCUUUGUCUUCCCACAAGAAAAGACAUUUGGGGACGUUGUCUGAUAAGAAGAGUAUUCCUUCUCUGUCAUCACCUGAAACAGACAGAGAUGAAAUGAGUGUUCAGACAAAGUCGGAGGAUGAUGCUGAGUUAGCCAGAAUGAUGAUUGUGGACAUACAUGAGGCGGCAGAAAUUGCAGCACAGGCGGUUGCGGAGGCAGAAGCUGCUAUGGUAGAGGCUGAUGAAGCUGCAAAGCAAGCAGAUGUAGCAGAAGCUGAAGCAGAAGCAGCUCAAGCUUUCGCCCAAGAAGUUUCAAAGACCCUGAAAGGCAUAGACAACUGCAGCAGAUGAUCCAUCCUUGAGGUGACAGAGAGAAGGGUAGAAGUAGUGUUUGUGUGUUGAUGAAUCUCUAGUUGGGAACCUAUGUCUAUUACUUUUGUUUACUUGUUCCCUUAACAGCGUUAUAUCCUUUUGUUUAGAUAUGUCAACUUUGAAAAGUUUUAGUGAAGUUUUAGGACUUUCUAUGUA